CAGUGCGUGCGGUGAAGCUCGAGCUUGCGACACCGGCGAAAGAAGUUGAAAAAUCUCGUUUAUCACCGAUCGACUCGAUUCUCCGCCGAUUCUCUUUGCGCAUAAACGGCAAAACUGUGAGUUUGAAAAUCGGCGCUGCUCUUUUAAUUCGCGCCAAUCUCCGACCGCCGUCGGCUCGUGAUGGGAUCAGCUGUUCUGACGCCAUCGGUCGACUGGUGAACGCGAAGCUUUGAGCGCGCUGCCGAUUGCAAAAUCGAGGCUACAAGAUCGGCGCCGGCGCCCUUCUGCCGGGAACCCUUUUCGCUGAUAUGAUAUACCCCUCGAGUCAUCAAGCUCCGACGAUGUCCUCUGCGAGGAAAAUUUCCCCCCGACCUCAGCACCGAUCUGGGAAAUCGGCGCCAACGCCGAACUCACCCUCACCCUCGAAGGGCCGACGGACUCUCGAUCGAAACGGCGGGGCCGAACGCUGCCGCGGAAGAUGCAGGGUUCAGUGGAGCGAGAAGCACGUCAAAGAGGGUCUCGUCCUUGUCCAGGAGUCGCAGCUCGCUCGAGUCGUCAAGACUGGACCGAUUUCCGAACACUACGAAAUCGACCCGAAGCCCUUCGCCAGCGGACAAUGGGCCAAGGUUUACCGAUGCAGAUCACGAUCGACGGGGAUCGUCUACGCGGCAAAAUACUCAUCGAGAAAUCGGUUCAACGCCGAUUGCAGCGCUGAACUUCGACACGAAAUAGCUCUCCUCUCGCUAUGUUCCCAGUCGCCACGCGUCGUCCGACUUCACGACGUCUACGAAACCCCCAAGGAAAUCAUCCUGGUGAUGGAAUUCGCUCCAGGAGGAGAUCUCCAGACUCUGAUAGACGGCGACCUGGUCCCCCUGGAAGGGGACGUGGUCCAUUUCGUUCGACAGCUGGUGGAAGGCCUCGCCUAUCUCCACGAGAGGAACAUCGCUCACCUGGACAUAAAGCCUCAAAAUUUAGUGAUGAUGGGGGCUUUCCCGGAGUGCGACGUGAAGCUGUGCGAUUUUGAGAUUUCGCGAGUUGUGCUGGAAGGAACGGAAGUCAGAGAGAUACUCGGGACGCCGGACUACGUGGCUCCCGAAAUUCUGCACUACGAGCCCAUCACCUUGGCAGCUGACAUGUGGUCCCUUGGAGUGACGACGUACGUUUUACUGACUGGAUUUUCACCCUUCGGAGGAGACACAGACCAGGAAACCUUCCAGAACAUUUCACUCGGUGAAGUUGAUUUUCCAGAGGAAUUAUUCGAGGACGUUUCAUCGCAGGCGAAAGACUUUGUGGCCAGACUCCUCGUGCCAGAUCCUAGAGCACGCAUGAGCGCCAAACAAUGUCUUCGUCACGACUGGCUUCGCGGUGCUCCGACCCAGGCUUCGCCGCACCUUCGAAGGUAUCUGUCAAAGUCACGAGAGGUGCUGCUGGAACGAGUGGUCAGCAGGGAGAACCUGAGGAGAGCGACGCUCCUGAGCCAAGCUAAGAGCCACGCGAAUUUGUCGGAGGGAAACUGCGAGGGGAUCCAAGGACUCGGAGGGAAUUUGAGCCAAAGCGAGAUGUGCCUGCAGAGCUACGGUAUGACCGGAAGUCAAAUCAGCCUCCCAGGAAGCGAGGACGGCGUCAUGAGUCCGUCGGACUCGCAAGUCAGCCUCGAGUCGACGUAUCAAAACGCCGGGUUUGCGCUGAGUCAAAGCUGCCUGCUGAACAAAGAGCAGACUCAAGGCCUGCUGAGUCAGGCGCAGAGCAAAUCUCACGCUAACUUGAGCCAUGGACCAAGCAGAGGUAUCCUUUCGAGGACGAGAAACUUGAGCGAGACUCAGUCCCAGUUCUGCCUGUUGAACAUGGCGAAGAACAUUCCUCGGCACGUGAUGAAUCCGCUCUUCAGCAGGUCACGGGAUAAGCUUUAUGGCCUGAAAAGCCUCUCCAAGUCCCAAGGAGUCCUGGAUAUUUACAGGAGCCUCGAGUGCCUCAAGACCAGGAAGAACCAAAGGGCACGAACCGAGGACAUGCUGCCUGUGUUCAAACAACUGAGUGCUGAAAUCGCGGCAUCGAAUGCCUCCCUCGGCUCUGCAGAUUGGAGUCUGGAUUCAGGACACACUUCGGAUUCGCUCUACCAAGCUGAUGGAGACGAGGUGAAAACAGCCCGGACACAGAACGACGGUAAUGUGGACUUUGGAGCCAGUGAAGACCCAGGGAAAACCAAAUCCAGUCAUCUUAACGGACAAAGUUCGAAUGACGCCGUGUCACUGGAAGAUGACAAGCUGCGAGUUGAACAUUCCGUGGGCAAUGGAAGGGUUUGCUCUACCCAGAAGCCAGGAAGUGGUUACGGAAAAUCCCUGACCAUUGAGUCAUUAGUUGGUACCACCAAAAACCCUUCGUACGAUUCUGAGGGUAAUCUGGACUCAUUGCAGUCGGUGGAGUCUAUCGAGUCAGUUGAGUCUGACACACUGACCGAAGACUCGGACGAAACCCCGAACAGAUUGUCAGUCAAACAGCCCAGCAAGCGGCAGAAUUCGGACAUAUCGAGUCACUCGAACAACUCCGGUAACUCUGAUGAAAAGGACGAUCACUCGGAGUCGGAGAACGACGAACCGAAGUACACGGUUGCUCAGUUGGUUUCGGCGUUCAACAAGCACCAGGAGGUCGCCUCGAAGACGAGCUUGGAGGCGAUUAUGACCGAGAAGAGGAUAAACGAGGUCAAUUUUCCCACCGGACCGAAGGCUCUCAGGCUUUUCAUACCGGAUAUUAACAUCACGGAGAGCACGAUAGUCAGGAGAAAGACUAGCUAUAAGCCCAGGAAGAACUGGGAGGAACUGAGGAAAAUGAACGAGAGAAACGAGGGGGUGACGAAGAGAAAUUUCGACGACUCCGGGAACGAAGACGAGGACGACGAUGAGGACAAACCUGCAGCUUCGGAUCACACGUCAACGGUGGAUAACGGAAGUGUUCACGUUUCUGAAAGUUCCGUAAACGUUAGCUCCGAUACACAACGAUCGGAUGACAGUCCGGUGAGCGUGGUAAAUUGUGAGGGUUCGAAUGCAGUGGAUCCAGUUAAAAUUGUGAUAGAAAUUGGUAGCAUCGAAGACGCUGUGACGUCUCUGGAAGAUCGUGAAAACGUGAAAAUCGACGAGAAGUACAAGCAGUGCGUUGACGGUGUUGCCAUGCUCGGAAAAGCAGCGGAUCAUCAUAUCUCGGGUGGAAAAGUGGCGAAAGAGAGACCGGCAAAACCUGAAACAGCGAACCAGAAUCGCGUGGCAAAAAAGAGCCAUAAUGAAAGAGUGGCGAACUACAUCUUCGCGGAUGUUGCGACCUGCAAGAAGGAGGACAAGAUCGAACCUCCGAACCGGGUGAUGAAGACCUCGAGAAAGGAGGACGCGAGGCCGACACCGAAGGUGGACAACACCGUAAACCUUAAGGACAUCCUGCAGAGAGUGGACAACUCUCAAACAUCGCCGAAAGAGAAUCUAGAGAAUUUGCGUAAGAGAACUUCGAUAGCCAAGAUCAUACUGAACGACAACCUGACUCUAGACGAGGACGCCAACAACAACGGGGGCGGCAGUCCGUCCAUACAGAGGGCGAAGAGCGAGCCGCCGCUGAUCCUGACACAGGAUAACAGGAAGAUGCAGCUCGAUAUUCCCCCGUCUUUCGUCAGGUCAGCAUCCCUCUCGAGUGAGAGCAGCUGCCUGACUCCAUCGAGUGUCCAGUCGGACAUCGGGAUGUCCUGGGAGGAUGUCCGCGUUAAUAAGGGCCAAAUUCAAAGUCCAACUGCAGGCUGUGGAUCCAUGGUUCUGGAGAAUAAGAACCUGCAGCGGCGAAUCCCUGGGUGGGAGAUAUCGGGCGUAGACGGGUCCCAUAAAGGGCAGCUGCUCCAGAGCUGCAACGACGCCAAGAAGGGGGGAUCGACUGUCAGCUUGGAGGAGAAAAAGAUCUGGGGCAAAGUGUGCACGGGUUCUUACACCCGGGCUAUGGAGAAAUUCAACGGUAAAAAUCCCCCAGAAACGGGUAAAAAAUCGUCGCCAAACUCGCUGGCAGCGUCGCACGAUCAGGCGGAAAAAACUAGGAGAAAAAGCAGCCCCGCCAUGCCGCAGUUCGUCAAUCCCUGAUGCAGAUAUUAGCAUGUAGACACGUGAUCAAUGUUACCAUGAAGCCAUAUGGCGCCGAUCGUUUCGCGGAGCAGAUAGAUUAUAGCGAGACACACCUCGCAGUUCAGGUUUCCAUAGUUAAGCCUUCGGACCACAUAGACUGAAAAAAAAACUCCAACACCGACUAGAGAGAUGUGCGUACCUAUAAGUAUAUGCUUAACAAGGGCACGUCCCGAGAAUGUCGCUGCAGUUGCUCACGUCGAUCUUCCGACGACCUCAGCACUUUAUACCAAUUAGCAUCGGCUAAACCGAGCUUUGUGUUUACUUGUAUGGCGCGAUCAAUCGUUACACUAGAGUUUAAAUUACGCAAGGCUCGAUUCUUGAGCCCGUUUCAAUAUACCCAUUUGAAGUGAAAACGACGAUUUGCGAUCGAAAAGAGAGGGAAAAACAUGUUACUAAACAGGUUCUUUUUUCAAUCGUUCAAAGUGAAUCAUAUCCAUUUUGGCACAAAUUACUCAACUACCCGCACAGUAUGAGCGAUUUACUUAAAGGUCGUUCUGCAACGUGGAGAGAUAUUUACCGAACAAGUAUUUAGCGUGAAGUAGCAUUGAUCAGCUGCGAACUAGAUUAAAAAUAUGUAAAAAUAAAUUCAUCAGACAUAAUUGACCAAGGAAAUUCAAAUUUCUUUUCUUUCAUUUCAUUUUCAUUUCUUGGGUAUAUAUACGAAACGGAAUACAUAAUAUCAUAUUCUCUGCAUAUAGUAUGUACUGUAGAUCGAUGAAGCAGGUAUUCAUUACGUUUUCGUAACGAUUAUACAUACAUUAAUUUUUUUAUAAUAUUUUGCGAGGGGUUAAUCGCUGAUGACCUCAUUCUUAUAAUACAUUGCCACAGGAAUUCAGAAGAGAUGUUUUUCACGAGAUGCAGACGGCUUUGAAGAUUAAAGUAAAUAUGGUUAGACAGUUAUCGCUUUAGAAUUGGAGAGUAGUUGACCCCUCGUUUGGACAUUUUUUUAUGAUUGCAGUUUUAUAUUUAAAAUAGAUAUAAAUAUAGUAACGACUCAUUAUUCUAUCGGAAAUAAUAUGAUGUACCAGAUAGCUAUAAGUAAUCUACGAUUAGCACUAUAAGUUGCAAUACAGUCUAAAUUUGAUUAGCGAGAAGUACAUCUUGCCUAAUUCUAUUGUUUCUCUGGCAAAUACAUAAAUAUUACGGAUCACAGCGGAGCCCUAAAUCAUCUUAUAGCAGAUCGCAUUCGUAUCUUGAGUGUAAAUUGAUCAUAGCUAGGAGUUGUGGGUGAAUGCGAAACAAGCUAAAAGACCAUUUACUGGAUGCUGUGAACCUUUUCCUAUAAAUCUGAUCGUUUUCGGAAAUAGAAAAUUAUGUAACUCAUGCAGAGGGAAAACUAAUGUAAAAGAUGUACGAUCGUUGAAUAAACUUUACCUCUCGUAUAUCAAUAAAAAUGAUUAAAC